GAGCAGGCUCCUCAGCCUCCAGGAUGCCUGUCCCUGCCUCCUGGCCCCUGCCUCCUCCUUGUCUGCUGCUGACUCUGCUGCUGGGCCUUGCAGGUGAGCACACUUCGGGGGAGCUGCGGGUGAUUCAGCCUGACAAGUCAGUGUCGGUGGCAGCCGGAGAGACGGCCACUCUGAGAUGCACCAAGACCUCCAUUAACACCGUGGGACCUGUCAUGUGGUUCCGGGGGACAGGGCCCGGCCGGGUGUUAAUCUACGAUUUCAAAGGAGGCCUCGGCCCCCGAAUAACAACCGUUGGAGACCCCACGAAGAAAGACAACAUGGACUUUUCCAUCCGCAUCAGUAACAUCUCCCCAGCAGACGCCGGGACCUACUACUGUGUGAAGUUCCGCAAAGAGGACACUGACAACGUAGAGUUCAAGUCUGGGGCAGGCACUCAGCUCACCGUGAGUGCCAAACCCUCGCCCCCCGUGGUAUCAGCCCCCACGGGGAGGGCCGCACCUGGGCAGACGGUGAGCUUCACCUGCGAGUCCCACGGCUUCUCCCCCAAGGACAUCACCCUGAAAUGGUUCAGAGACGGGAACGAGCUCCCAGCCUCCCGGACCGCCGUGGACCCAGAGGGAGACAGCCCUUCCUACAGCGUCUCCAGCAGGGCCAGGGUGCGGCUGGCCGCGGGGAAUGUCCGCUCCCAGGUCAUCUGCCAGGUGGACCACGUCACCCUGCAGGGGGGCCCUCCUCUUCGUCAGACUGCCAACCUGUCUGAGGUCAUCCGAGUUCCGCCCACCUUGGAAGUUACCCAACACCUCAUGUCAGAGAACCAGGUGAACGUGACCUGCCAGGUGAAGAACUUCUACCCCCAGCGCCUACAGCUGACCUGGUUGGAGAACGGAAGCGUGUCCCGAACAGAAACACCCUCGACCCGCGUGGAGAACAAGGAUGGGACCUUCAGCUCGAGGAGCUGGAUCCUGGUUAAUUCAUCCGCCCACAGGGACGUGGUGCUCACCUGUCAGGUGCAGCACGAUGGGCAGCCGGCGGUCAGCAGGAGCCUCACCCUGGAGGCCUCCGCUCACCAGAAGGGCCCGGGCCCAGGGGAACCCUCUGGCCCAGGAGUGUCUACUGAAGUCCUCGUAGCUGUCCUCCUCAGCUUCAAGGUGCUGCUGGUGGUUGGUGUCUCCGCCAUCUAUGUCCACAGGCGGUGGAGAGCCUGACGGCAUGCCAGGAAGAAGACAGCCCCGAACUCGGGAGACAUGCCGGGAGCAUUUCUUCAAUGAUAAGCAGAUAGUUAAAUGUGAUCAUGUUUCCCGCAGCUCCUUCUUCCUCCCCUGCUCCACAGCACCAUCCAUCUCUGCAGCCUCCUCUUUCUAUGAGACCCUCCGCCUAGGGAAAAAUAAUGUUGACUAGAAGCUUCAACAGACUCUUCUUCCAAUGCCUCUCCCCAGGGCAGACAUGCUGCCCACAGGCCCCCACGGCUCUUCUCACAGUUCCCGGUGCCCCCAGGCCUGAGACUUCAUACCUGGUCCUCUCAGAAACACAUGCAGAACCCCAAAUUGUCACCUGCGCUGUUAUCUCCUACUUAAAGUUAUCACAUGACUUAAAUGUGAUCAGAGAAAAAAAUGGGCUGCUGGCAAUUGUGAUAUUAAUGCGGUCAGACCUUUCCCAUCAGCCUCGACCAGGAGCCCCCGGGAGAGAAAGCAAUGCCGUGACGGAGACAGGCACUUUGAUGCAGCGAGCUACCCGCAUUAACAUUGGCCUUGCUUCAAUACUGGACAUGCCUUCUUAAAAAUCUUCUUAGUUGCUCUAAAGCACAGUGUGAAGUUGAGGAGUAGUAAUUU